AGCUCUUCUUUGAGUUGCUCUGUUUUUCUGUCGAAACAAAAAUCUGAAAGUGGGCACACAACUAAUAACACCUAUUCAUUUGGAAAUCCCAAAUUCUGGGUCCAAAUCAUUUGUUUCUUUAAUAUAUUUUCGACAAACAAAGAUUUGUAAUGGCUGGUUCAGCCAUGUUACACAGCCUAUUAUGCUGCACAACCCAACUCUCUCCAAAAUGUUACAACAAUCAAACUCUAGCCUUCUCCCGCUCUCAGUUCGUUUCUUCCAAUUCAUUGUUGAGUUUAAAGAGUCAAACUUUGCCCUCCGCUCUGCAAAUUAAGAGGCCCAGAACUCGCAAUUCUGGCUUUGUAUUCGCUGCGCAGUCCAACAUCUUCAAAGCUUUACAAACAGCAUGGAAUGUUGGGAAAGAUGGGAUUGAGGCAGGAACAAGUCUUGUCCCUGCUUCUGUACCAAGACCAAUUGCAAGGAUUUCUGUGACAAUAGUUGCAUUGUCUGUUUCACUAUUUGUACUCAAAUCUUUCGUUUCCACAGUUUUCUUUGUGCUGGCCACAAUGGGACUUGCAUAUUUUAUAUUCAUAGCUUUGAACAAGGAUGAAGGGCCAAGGGCCAAUGGAGGCACCACCUCGACACCAAAGGAGGAUGGGGUGGAUGAUAGUCUAGAAGAAGCCAGAAGAAUCAUGGAGAAGUACAAGUAAACGUUACCCCAUUUACUCAAAUUUCACAUUGUCGUGGUCAGAGAAGGAGAAGAGUUUACAAGAAAUUCCAGCUGAUGGAAGGCAAGAUCUGUGCUGUACACUUAGAAUCUCAAAUGAGUGUCUCACUACACUUCUCAGCAGUCAAUUCUUAUGCUUUUCCAAGUAAAGCUUACAGAAAAGGUUUACCCAACUUUAACUCGUAAGGAUGUCUUCUGAAAUUUGGGUGUAAUAUUGUAGUGUGCUUGGAAACCUAAUUAUAUAGAUAAAAUGAAUCAUCUGCCUCU